AUGUCCGGCUUCUGGCGUCCCGGCGCCGAAGCUCCGAGCAUCAAUCGUCCAUCGACGCUCCUAUCCCUGGAGGUCGACGCAGAUGACGAUGCGAACAGAGGCAGCGCGGUGGGCGUUGGAAUCAUCAAUUUUGAGAAAAAUCCCAAGCAAAGCCUCAGCGCGCGACGCCGAGCGCUCCCGAUCGCCGCGCACGAGAACGAGUUGUUAUACUGCGUCGAACGUCACGCGACGACGAUCGUGGUCGGGCACACCGGGUGCGGGAAGACGACGCAGAUACCGCAGUAUUUGAGAGCGGGCGGGUGGUGCGCGAGCGGACGCGGCGUGGCGGUGACGCAACCGAGGCGAGUGGCGGCGCAGACAGUGGCGCAGAGGGUGGCGGAGGAGGUCGGGUGCGUGUUAGGGGACGUCGUGGGGUACGCGAUUCGGUUCGAGGACGUGUGCGCGGAGGGAAAGACGGAGAUUAAGUUUUGCACGGAUGGCGCGCUGUUGAGAGAGUUGGCGGACGAUCCGUUAUUGACAAAGUAUUCGGUGGUGAUGGUGGACGAGGCGCACGAGCGCACGCUCGCCACGGACGUGUUGUUGGGGUUAUUGAAAAAGGUCCAGCGUGCGCGACCGGAUCUACGGUUGAUCGUGUCGAGCGCGACGAUUCAGGCGGAGUUGUUUGCGGAAUUUUUUGACGCGAGCAGAGCCGACGCCGCCGAUGCGCGCGGCGCCGACGCGGGACCGUCCAAGAAGCCCGUGAUCAUGUCCGUCGAGGGUCGGGCGCACGGCGUACUGAUUCAUUACGCCGAUGAACCGACUGGGGAUUACGUGCAGAGGGCGGUGGAUGCGGCGCUGGACGUGCACCAAGGCGAAGGUCCGGGUGACAUUUUAAUCUUUCUCACGGGAGAGGAAGAGAUCGACGAUGCGGUGCGUUUGCUCGAGGACGAGGCGCGAGAGAUGCAAAGUCGUUCAGGGAAUUCGCGUAACGCGCUAGAUUUAGUCGUUUGCCCGCUCUACGCGGGAUUGAAUCCAGCCGCUCAAUUGGAGGCGUUUAGGCCGGCGAGGAGAGGAACUCGAAAAGUUGUCGUCGCCACAAACGUGGCGGAGACGUCCGUCACGAUCGAGGGCAUCGUGUACGUGAUAGAUUGCUGCUUCUCUAAGCAGAAAGCGUUCGAUCCCGAACGCGGGAUGGAGAGUUUGUUCGUCGCUCCGGUGAGCAAGGCGAGCGCGAACCAGCGCGCCGGAAGAGCCGGGCGCGUUCGCCCGGGUAAGUGCUUUCGCCUGUGCACCGAGAUCGACUAUCGAGCGUUGGCCGACGUCACGGCGCCAGAGAUCGUUCGAAGUGAUCUAGCGAGCGUGGUCCUGCAAAUCAAAGCCAUGGGGAUAGAUAAUAUUAUGAAUUUCGAGUGGGUGUCGCCGCCGCCCGAGGCGAACAUGAUCAAGGCGCUCGAGCUCCUGUAUGCGCUCAAGGCUCUGGACGACGACGCCAAGCUCACGAACCCGCUCGGGAUUCAUCUAGCCGAAUUACCCGUCGAUCCCCAGCUCGGGAAGAUGCUCCUCGUGAGCGGAGAGAUGGAGUGCGUUCGAGAGGCGCUCACGGUUGCGGCGUACCAGCAAGUGCGCUCGCUUUGGGUCACGCACCGCGGGCAGAAGAAACGACUGGACGAAAUGCGCAAUCGUUUCGCCGUGGAGGAAGGGGACGCGGUGAUGAUGCUGAACAUUCACGACGCGUACCGCGACGCGCGAAAUCAAGCCAAGUUUGCGGGCGAAAACAUGCUCAAUCACCGAGCGCUUCUUCGCGCCGGAGACAUUCGCGCGCAGUUGAGACGGCACCUCGCGCGGCUCGGCGUUCUCACCGAUUCGUCGUGCGGAGACGACACGAUUCCGAUUCGUCGCGCCAUCGCGGCUGGUUUCUUCGCCAACGCCGCCGCGCUGGCACCGUACGGAGGCGGUGCCGACGGUUCCGUCUUCCACUCUCUUCGCGCGACGACGGCGCGCGCUCGGGCGCGCGAGCUCCGCGUCCACCCGAGCUCCGCCCUCUUCCACGCCCGUCCACCGUGCGUGGUGUACUGCGCCGCCGUGCGCACCGAUCGCGAGUACAUGCGCGACGUCACCGUCGUCGACCCAUCCUGGCUCACCGAGCUCGCCCCGCACUUUUACGAGGCGAGGGUUACGUAG